GUAUCUGCUUUCUCUGUUCUGCACCUCACUCAUUUGGUAUAACUCUUUUAUUUCUCCAAUGCACGCACAAAUAUUUAUUGAAGAGAGUCACAUAAUUUUUUACAAAAUUCAUUCCAUACAUGCGGGCGCAAGGUCUUCAUACAAUAUAUAAUCUGGAAAACACUUAGUUGGCUAUUUAAAUAAAAAUAUAUGUCAUUGAGUUGGUAUUUUAUAGCUUACCUCACAACGGUACAGACUUUCGAAGCGUUCACUGUGACUGAGAAAUAAUGCAGUUAUUAUUAUUUUCGUUAUUUUUAUGCAUUUUUGCCAACACAUCGGCAUUAACUACACCAAUUUAUCCAACAACGGCAGACCGCAUCGUGGCUGACAAUUAUCCCGUGGAGGCGCAUACCGUACAAACCACCGAUGGCUACAUACUCACCCUGUUUCGCAUACCCUACUCACUGCGCACGCAAAAUGCGCAUAUUUCGAAUAAAACGGUGUUAUUUCUGCAACACGGUUUGAUAAGUUCCUCUGAUGGUUGGAUCUUAGUUGGUCCCAACCAAGCACUACCCUAUUUGGCUGCCGAUGCUGGUUAUGAUGUUUGGUUGGGUAACUUUCGUGGAAAUACCUAUUCGAGGCGACACAUUUCACGCUCACCAGAGAAGCACGCUUUUUGGCGUUUUAGCUUCCAUGAGUUGGCCAUUUAUGAUUUACCAGCAAUGUUUGAUUAUGUGCUAAAUACGACGCAAAGCGGCUCUUUGCAUUACGUUGGUCAUUCAAUGGGCACAACAACAAUAUUUGUGUUAAUGUCGCUAAUGCCCUGGUAUAUGGAGCGCAUACGUACAGCACAUCUGUUAGCGCCAGUCGCUUAUGUAGAUCACCAGGGUGCACCGUUAACACGUUUCACCGCACCCAUUUUGGGUACGCCCAGUCCACUUACGAAAGCUCUGAGCGAUAAUAAUAUAUUAGGCUAUAAUGAGUUUUUGUCUCUCUUCGGCGCUGAGACAUGUGCCAAUGAAGUGGUGGAGGAGACUAUUUGUGCAAAUCUAUUGUUUAUAUACACCGGUUUUGAUCCCGUCAAUACAAAUUAUUCUCUUAUACCCGAGAUCAUAAAAACACAUCCUGCCGGCGGCUCGACGAAUCAGAUCAUUCAUUAUAUGCAAGAAUAUGUGUCGGGCCAUUUUAGACAAUACGAUCACGGUUUCAAAGAAAAUAUAUUAUACUAUAGCCAACCGACGCCGCCUGAUUACCCUUUGGAGAACGUGAGAGCGAGUCCACCGUUACAGAUUUACUACGCCGACAAUGAUCUACAGUCGUCGCCAAUUGAUGUGUUUCGUCUUUUGCCUCGUAUGGGUAAGAACAUCGAGUUGCGACACAUUAACUUGACUACGUGGAAUCAUCUGGACUAUAUGUGGGCUUUUAAUGUCAAAAAAGUAAUAAAUAAGAUAAUUUUAAGUUAUAUUAGCGAAUAUGAGAGCGAAAGGUAUAGAGUGCGCGAAUAGAGAAUAGUGAGAAUGCAAA